GCUCGAAGCCACUUGAAGCAGCUUGCCGUAGCCGGCACCGCGCGCGAGCCAAGCGGUUCAUUCGUGUGCAGUGAAUGUUUACGAAGUUCAGACGAGUUUUGUUUGUUUCAGCACCGUUUCGAACUUCGUACUACAGAAAAAGUGCCUGACUAUUGUUCGCCAUGCCUUUGGAAGACGAAGGCAGCUUGUUGGUCACAAUCCUCGACACAAAUCCUUGCGCCAGUUUACUUCAAAAUGAAGAGGGCAUAGUAUCAAGGUUUCUCGAUGCGGCCACAGUGUUUUGCAACUCGCAUUUGAUGCUCAAUCCAUGCAAUCGGUUGGCAGUCAUUGCCUGCCAUUCACAUAAAAGCUCAUUUCUUUACCCCAAAGCACUGCCCUCUACCCAAGAUAUUGUAUCGGUGGACGGGCAGUACGAACUCUUCAGUGAAGUUACAAAUGCCAUCAAGGAAGGGGUUAAGGAACUAGUCUCAUCAGAUAAGGGCGAAUCCCAAGUUUCAGAGACCCUGCUGACGGGAGGGCUCAGCCUUGCACUUUGUUACAUUAAUAGGAUAGAGAAGGAGACGGCAGGUCAGAAAAAAAUAGCAUCUCGUAUCCUGGUGCUAUCUGCAUCAGGCGAAAGUGCUUCUCAGUACCUCAACUUCAUGAAUGUUUUUUUUACUGCACAGAAGAAGAAUGUCAUCAUAGAUGCGUGUGUCCUUGAAAAGGACUCUGGCUUGCUUCAACAGGGCUGUGAUAUCACUGGUGGGAAGUACAUGAAGGUGCCAAACUACACAGGUCUCUUACAGUACUUACUCUGGUUGUUCCUUCCGGACAAGCCAGCCAGGGACUACUUGGUCUUCCCGCCACCAGUUCAUGUGGACUACAGAGCAGCCUGUUUUUGUCACAGGAAUCUCAUUGAGAUUGGCUAUGUAUGCUCAGUCUGCCUUUCUAUUUUUUGUGCAUUCAGUCCCAUCUGCUCUACAUGUCAAACCGCCUUCAAGUUCACUGGGCCUUUACCAUCAUUGCUUAAAGGCAAGAAGAAAAAACAGAAACUCGGGAUAUAGCAUUUCUGUUAAAUGCAGAGAAAUCAUUUCAGGACUGCUGCAAAGCCAUCAGCAUUGUCACUUACAUUUAGUAUCCUGCUUGAGAGAAAUAAACGGUCACUCAAAAGCA